AUGGAAAGGGAUCAUAAUGAAUUGAGAGAAAUGUUCAUGAAUUUAAUGGAUCAUUUUCAAUCUCACCCAGAUGCUAUGGACGAUAAUGAAUCAAAAAAUGACGAAGCUCUCUAUAGAGAGUCUUCGGAUGACGAGGAAUCUGAUAUUUGGGGACCACUCACAUCUCCAACUUCUGAUUUGCGUCAGAUCCAGGAUCACCCGGAAGAGGAAUGGGAUUUUAAACCAAGGACACAAGAAAUAGAACCGUCCGUCUCAGCGGCAAAACAUCACAUUGAGCAGCAGGGUAUAGAAUGCCAACGGUUGGGACUGUCAUCCUUCAAUAAAAUUAGAUAUGUAGAUGCGCAGAAGAAACUACAAGCUUCACCGGUUUUUGGACCAUUAAAAACCAAUUAUCAAUUAAAGAACUUGAUGCCAAAAAGUUCAGUCCCUGAACUUUUGUCAAAAAUGGAUGGCUCUUUUGGGACAACUACCCACGGACCCCUCCUCCAACGGGAUAAUUUUUCUCAAGGUAUCAAGGAACUAGUGACAAAGUUUCCACAAAUCAGACAGGAAGCCGGUAAGCUGUGGGGUCCUGACUCACAGUUUACGCAAAAUUCUAACGAUCUCCUACAAUUCGUGUGUGGUAAAAGAGCCGAGACAAUAGAAUUGCGGAGAAAGAUGUUCAGACCUCGAAAUGACAUGGUGGCAUCGUUACUGAACAACAUACCUCCGUCCAAAUCCCAUCUCUUUGAAGAAACUGAAUUAUCGGAACUAUUUAAGCAGCACCAGUCAUCUUUUAGACCGUCCUUUCGUUUCUCAAAGUUUGACAACCAAAGCAAACAUCCACAAAGUACAUUUCGAAAAACCCCAACUCAUCAAACAGGAUCCAGACCCAGAAAUUUUCCAAAGACAUCAAAAGAUUUUAACAAGAAUGCGCCAACCACUUCCAGAGCCAAAGAGACAAGCCAUACACUAGAUUCCCUAACAACAACAACAACAAUAAAAGACAAUGACUAUACAGAGUUCAGAGGAGGACGCUUGCAAAAUUUUGUGGCGAAAUGGGCGGAAAUGGGGGCACCAAGUUAUGUUCUAAAAACAAUAAAGGACUACUCCAUCCCUUUUGUAUUCAAGCCUCCUUUGAUACACCUAUCAAUGACAAAAUUGCGAAGACCUGCCCUAUCCAGUAUGAACAGCAAAAUAGACGAUCUAAUAAAACAAGAUGUAUUAGAGCGAUCAGCCGAGAGGACGGCUUUCGUUUCAACAAUGUUUCCGGUUAUAAAACCAGACGAAGGAGAAUUUUAUGUUGUGUUUGCAUUUGUUUUAUAUCUUCAUAUCAUAGAAAAAGAAUAUGUUAGUUGUAAUAACAAUAACUUGUCUAAUAUUGAUAACACAGAACAGAGUGACAAUGAUAAUUCUAAUAACGAGAGCAGUAAUUUUGAUUGGCUUAAGAAUUUUCAUGAUGCUAAUUUAAGCAGGGAACAUUUAAGUGAUAACAAUAACAAUAAAAGGUUGUUUAGAGACAAACUUUCCAAUUGGGCGAUUAAAAAUAGAAUAAAACAUGUCCAUCUAAAUAAACUAUUGACUUUACUUAUUGAAGAGGGUUAUUCUGAUUUGCCAAAGGAUGCCAGAACGUUAUUAGCAUCGCCAACAAAACUUAAGGUUGAAAAGUUAGGCUCCGCGAAAUUUGUGCACUUUGGUUUAAGAGAAGGACUUUACCAGGCGUUUAAAAACAAAGAAUCUUUAGAAAAAGAAAUUAAAUUAAACUUCAACAUAGAAGGACUGCCGAUAUCUUUUUCAAGUAACAAAUGUCUUUGGUCUAUAUUAUGCAAUAUUGUCAUGAAUGCACAGACACCGUUCAUUGUUAGUUUGUACGAAGGUGUAGGAAAACCCGAUAGCUUCAACGACGUUUUAUCCACAGAGAAAAUGUAUAAAGUUAUUGAAUUUGUUCCAUCCGGAGAGAUCGACGUUGUACCUGUUUCCUGGGUUAGUAAUGAUAAGGAGCUAGAAGACUCCAGAAACAAUACUGACAUUAACAUCACAAUUAUAAAUGAUGCACCUGUGGAGGAAUCUUUUAAUAAAUUUCAAUAUACUUCCGGUUCUGCUAGUACUGAUGCCAGCACUAGCUCUCAGGCAGGCUCUAAGGCUUUUGUGAUGAAAAUGGAAUGUUUGCCCAAGGCAGCACUAAGUACAUUGCAAAACUAUGCAGAGCUAAGUGAUGUUCCUACGACCUCGAAACAUCUGUUAACCCUUGUAUCUGAUGUACCCGAUGUAACAUAUAGGAAUAUGCCACGUACAGAAGCCUCUGCAGGGUCUAGUGGUGUUUCAACAUCAAUACUGCCCAAGGCAGCGCCAAGUACUUCGCGAACUUUUGUAGAGCCAAGUGAUGUUCCCACAACCUCGAAACAGCUGUUACCCCUUGUACCCGAUAUAACCGAUGGUACAUUUAUGAAUAUGAUACUUGAAAUGAAGCAAAAACUAACGUACUACCUAGGCCUCAAACGUUUGAGCCAUUACAACGUGCACGCGGCCGUGGCUGCGCCAGGGGUUGUCACACUAGUGGAUGGGGUACGCGGCCCUAUCCAUUUAUUCAACGUGGACGUGGACGCUCCAAUAAAGUGA